GACUAGCCGCUAAAAAUGGGCAGCUGUCCAGCAGAGAUGGUGAAUUCACCCGACGACUCAAGAAAGUUUGUGAGAGCGGGAGAGGGGGGAUUUCAGAUUUGCCGUUUUGGCGUCAAAGGACUGUCUUCAGUUCUCUCCGCUAACGAAAUCUCAUUUGGGAACACCUUGCGGCAUUUUCAGAACAGAGAAAACAACGGGGGAAUUCGGACAAGCCAAAUUUAGAUAUAUUCGAACACAAAUCCAGAGAUAGAGAGGUUUGAGGUUGUUCCUAUUGAUACCAAAAGGGAUUUGGGGGUAUCCCAGAAAGAUUAAGAAGAAGAUUUUGCGUUUAACAGAGGCAGGAAGAAGGAUUUAACACGCACAGAGACACAGAGAGAGAAUGCGGCAUCCAAAGAGCGUGGGAGUGAAGAAGAUAGCAAGUGGGUUGGUGGCAGUUGCAAUAGACAAGGACAAAUGCAGCCAAUAUGCGCUCAAAUGGGCUGCUGAGAAUCUCGUCACCAAAGGCAGCACUAUCAUUCUAAUCCAUGUCGUCCAUAGACCGCCUUCUCAUCCAAUUGGGAGCCCUUCGAAUUUUUCUGAUGCCCAUAACGUAGCCACACCGUCAAACCAGCAACUUCUUGACAAGCAAAUGAAGGAUUUGUUCCUCACGUUUCGCUGCUUUUGUACUCGUAAAGAUAUACACUGCCUUGACGUGGUACUAGAAGAUACAGAUGUAGUGAAGGCAUUGACCGAGUAUGUUUACCAGGCUGGAAUUGAGAACUUGGUUCUCGGUGCAUCCUCACGAAGUGGCUUUAUCAGAAAAUUCAAGACCUCGGAUAUUUCAAGCAGUGCAUCAAAAGCCGCACCAGAUUUCUGCAGUGUCUAUGUCAUCUCCAAGGGGAAGAUAUCUUCGCAACGGAAUGCUUCUCGUUCAGCCCCAAGCACUUCCCUCCUUCAUGAACAAAUAGAGAACCAGAUAAAAAACAGCAGUAAUGUUGUUGAAGCACGUGACAAGCAUAGUGUUAGUCUAAAAGUAGCAGAGAGAGCAUCAUUCAGGCCUCGCAUUUUGACGGAUGACAAGGAAUCAGUCAAGUCACCAUUUAAUAGAGGAAAAGGUUUUAAUGGAAGGUUCGGCGGGGAGUUCUCGGAAUCAGAUACAGAUAUAUCUUUUGUAAGCUCUGGCAGGCCAAGCACGGAUAUCAUGUCUCCAUUGAGUUAUGAUUAUAUGGAUUCAGGUCGCACCUCACGGGUUUCUACCUGCACAGAUCAAAGCUUUGGGUCAGUCCGCUUUGGAACCAAUAUGACUGACCUCAGCUCUCAGCAUGAUUUCUCGUUUAUUUCAGAAAACAGUGGAAUGACAUCGUGCUCAUCCCGCAGCAUGGAUGAUUUGGAAUCCGAGAUGAGGAGGCUAAAGUUGGAGCUGAAGCAGACAAUGGACUUGUAUAGUACAGCCUGCAAAGAAGCACUGACAGCAAAACAGAAGGCAACGGAGCUCCAUCGCUGCAGGCUUGAAGAUGAACGAAAAUUAGAAGAGGCACAGAAUGCAGAGGAAGCUGCACUGGCAGUUGCAGAGAAGGAGAAAGCCAAGUGCCUGGAAGCCCUGGAAGCAGUAGAAGCUGCUCAAAGGAUGGCAGGGCUGGAAGAAAAAAGGAGAGUGAAUGUAGAAAUCAAGGCCCACAAAGAUGCAGAAGAGAUGAAGAAGGUGCUGGAUGCCCUAAACGAAGAUAGUGUUAGGUACCGAAGAUACACUAUUCAAGAGAUCGAAAAGGCGACAGAAUUUUUUACCGAAUCUCGCAAGAUUGGGGAAGGGGGCUAUGGCCCAGUCUAUAAGUGUUAUCUUGAUCACACGGCUGUUGCAGUAAAGGUUUUGCGUCCAGAUGCAGCUCAAGGAAGGUCACAAUUUCAGCAAGAGGUUGAAGUAUUAAGCUGUAUACGGCAUCCCAACAUGGUGCUCCUUCUAGGAGCCUGCCCAGAGUAUGGCUGCCUAGUUUAUGAAUUUAUGGCUAAUGGAAGCUUAGACGAUCGCCUCUUCCGACGAGGAAAUACACCUGCCCUCUCUUGGCAACUCCGGUUCCAAAUUGCUGCUGAGAUUGGCACAGGCCUCCUCUUUCUUCAUCAGACUAAGCCAGAGCCUCUAGUGCACCGAGACCUCAAACCAGCGAACAUUUUGCUAGACCACAACUAUGUCAGUAAGAUUAGUGACGUUGGACUUGCCAGGCUUGUUCCACCUUCUGUUGCUGAUGAAGUAACACAGUGUCGCUUGACAUCAGCUGCUGGAACUUUCUGCUAUAUUGAUCCAGAGUAUCAACAAACUGGAAUGCUUGGUGUAAAAUCUGAUGUCUAUUCCCUUGGAAUCUUGUUUCUACAAUUGAUAACGGCCAAGUCAGCAAUGGGCUUGACUCACCAUGUUCAAAAAUCUAUUGAGAAUGGUACUUUCUCUGAGAUGCUGGAUCCAGAUGUUCCUGAUUGGCCUGUUGAAGAAGCUCUGGGCUUUGCAAAGCUAGCAAUCCAAUGUGCAGAACUAAGGCGGAAAGACAGGCCAGAUCUUGGCACGAUUGUCUUGCCAGAGCUUAAUAGAUUGAGAGAACUCGCUGUAAAAAAUAGCAGCAGUCCAGGUCCUUCCCCCUGCCACAGCUAUACUUCUUCCACGGCACAGGAUGUGAUUAGCGACCCUGCGCUCAUAAAUUCAGGAUAUGCUAGCUCAAAGAGCCAGUCCAGCAUAUCAUCUUUGACAGGAGGCCAAUCAAGUGCAGACUGAGAAAUACUUCUUUACAAGGCAUAAACAGUCAACAGAAGGAUGCCCUUUUUCAGUUCGAUUCGCAGGAGAAUCUGUUUAAAGUUGUUGUAAGGUCAACAGAGCUUUGCGAAGAUAACGUUUUGUGUAACCACUUUAGUUCAUCUACACGGGUAGAGUCGCUCCGCAUUUUUUUUUUUCCACAUAAAAUGUACGCUCAACAAAAAGGUCAUGGCAUAAGUGUGUUGCUGAACUUGUUUGCUCAAAUGAGUUCCUAAAAAAUCUAUUUUCGAGAGGCAAAUGAUCAAGCUCCAUCAAAUUCAGGGUCUUCGACACAAGGAGUGAGUUUGGGUUCAUUCUUGGGCACAACAGAAGUGUAACAGAAAAGUACAUUGUUGUAUAUUAAAAGAAAAGAAUACAUUUCCAUUCAAAA